UAAGCUUGAUAGUAGGUCAUUUAGUAAAAAAGAGCUACUCUCAUACGAGAGUAGAUCUAGCUCAUUGGCGCUUAAUCAUUAGGAACCAACCGACCGUGCUAUACGUUGAACAAUUUACUAUUUCAAAUGACAGCUCGAGCUAAAAUCGUUUCGUGGAAUAAACCUCCAUUUAAUUUAAAAAGUACGCCGACGCUAUGUUAAAGUAUUUAGUGCUUAUGACAUUUUGUUUUUCUUGUAUUGAUUCUAAAUCUUCUUUGGAAGUCGGCGAAUUUGACCUGAAACUGACAAAAUACGAAGACUGCAGUGGGCCUAAACGGAAGGCCUGCGUUGCAUCAACAGUGAAAAUUCACAACGAUGUCACAUUGGCCUUAGAUUUUAACAUUAAAGAAAAUAUGAAGGCGGUUAAGGGAAAGAUCAUAGGAUGGAUGAACAAGAAUAAUCCCUUACUACGAGUUUCGAUUAGAGACCUAUGUGAACACAUUUUUUUUAGAGCCUUGCUUGCAAAUAUUUUGAAUAACUCCGAUCAAUGUGCAUUUAAUAAGGGACGCUAUCAAUUUACGGUAGACAUCCAGAAGGUGUCGCGCAGUUUCUAUGGGAGCAAGUACAUGUACGGGAAUUGGACGUUUCAAUGGAUUUUCUACAAUGACGUCUGCAAUCUGCACUGCGGUUUGCUUAACCUCUCGAUGACUCCAACAAAAACCCGUGUUCAUGAUUAAUAAAUUAAGUUUACUUUGUUAAUUUAAUUGUUUUUUUUUUGUUCAA